AUGCGUCCACCGAUGGCUUCAUCCCAAGAAGCACAGAAAACCAAAAAUACCCCCAACGGAUCCGCAUCAAUCCACACCACGAACGCGAGAAGAAAACCCUUGAUGGAUUUCUCGUCUCUGCAUCCGUGCUCUGCUUCGAUGGAUGAUGAUGAUGAGGACGAUGAAGAUAGUAUGCAAUCAUCGCACGUAGGGGUGGGAUCGUUCUCGGGGGUGAAUUCGAUUGAGCAUUCACAUUCACAUUCUCAUCCGUUGUCAUCUGAGGAGUCGAAGCCGACGACGAGGACGCAGAGGUUCACUCCGUAUCAUCAGCCCAGCGAUCAAUCGAAUUCGAAGUAUACUAAAAUUCCUUCGGGAAGUGAAUCUAUACCGACUUCAUCCACUUCAGCCAUCACGACCAGAUUGAGAUCGAAAGCGAAACAGAAAUCGAAGUCCACGACUGCACAUGUCCACUUCGUGGACCAGGUUGAUAUGUCAGAUACAAACCCAACUACAGCUACAUCUGCACCUACAAACACAAACACGAACACGAAGGGAAGCAAAAGUACAGAAGCAGCUAGAGAAGAGACCAUUCCUCUUGUUCCUCGCAGUCGGGAUCUGUCUCUUAGUGAGAGUGAGAUUAGUUUGCUGGACAUAGGACCUAGUCUGGUGUAUGGUGAUGAUGGAUAUAUUCCUUUGUCUGCGGAUGGAUAUGUGCGUGGACAUGGGCAUGGGCAAGGUGACGGUGGUGGUGUUUCGGUGGCGGGGAGGGGAGUGCGAGGUUUGCAUUUGGAGUGA